AUGUUUCUGUAUGCUUCCUAAUUGAGACAGUGGUGUUAUACAUCACUCAGACCAGCUCCACUGUCUCUUCUUAUCUUCUCAGUCCUUCCCCUGCCUCAGCUAAUUCAACACAGGAAAUCUAUAGCGAUUAUACCAACUCUUGGAUCCAUGGCCUCCGAAGCUUCUGUGGCAGAUCAAACAGUUACUGAGAUUGAGACUACUGCUCCCGAGGAUCUAAAAGGGAAAGACAAAGAUGAAAAGCGGACCGAGUGUCAUGUGUCUGAUGAUGCAAGUAAUGCUGAUGAGCCGAGUCUUUCAAAGCCUGACGAUCUAAAAGGAAAAGAUGAAGAGGAAAAGCAGAUUGAGACUAUUGUUUCUGAUGUUAUAAGUAAUGCUGAUGAUGCGAGUCUCCCAAAGCCCGAGGAUCCAAAACAAGAAGUCGAAGAGGAAAAGAUCAUAGUGGAGGAUUCUUCAAGUGUUGAAGCACCUACAUCUGGACCAGAAGAAAAUCUAAAGCAAAAAGAAGAGGGCUCUGUGAUUGAGGAGGUGAAGGAAGAAGCAGUCGAUAAGUCUGUUUCUGAACCACCAGUUGAAGCUGAAGAGAAGGAAAUAGUAGUGGACAAAACUGAUGCACCUAAUACUCCUGAGCUGCCAAAUGAACCAGUGGAGCAACCAGCAGAGGUCUUGGAAGCAUCUGUCGUGGAAGAUUCAGUUGAUAAGAUCAAAGAGUCUGAACAAACAGAAAUCAUGACCGCAGAAGCAAAGAGUGCCGACGAAUCCUCAAAAGUCACUGUGGUACCUGUUUCUCCAGAAGUAACAGAUGACAAGCCUGUGGAACAACCAACUACUGUAUGCCUGGUCCAGGAACCAACUCUUGAUGCCAAUGUGAACCUCAAUUCUGAUGAAACAGCAGAAAAGCCUCGAGAUGAAGAACCUUUGUCUGAUGGGAUGGAGGUCAGUCCUGAGUCAUCUAAGGAAGAAAUUGCUCGAAAUGAAACUUCACCAUCCAUUACUGAAGAUCUAACUACGAAGGUUCAUGAAACUGUUGAAACUGAAAGUUCAGAAGCAAUUGCUGUAGUUCCUCCUGUGGAUGAGCCCAAAGAAGCUGAAGAAGAAACUAUUGUUGCUGAACUUCCUAGUGAUUCUGGUGCCAAGGAAUCUGCGGGAGAAGAAAGAGUGUCAGCCACAAGUGUCAUAGAAGUUUCUGAUACCAUCCCGGCAACUGAAGUUGCUGAAUGUGCAGUUGAGCCAGAAGUCGAUGUUAAGAAAGAGACGAAAGGAAGCACUAUAGAUGUCGAUAAAACAACCUUAGGCGAGACAAUCCAAACAAUUGUUGAAAGUGAAGUGACUGGAAUCUCUGAAGAAGUAAAGAUUAAUCAGAUGAAGAAUGAGAGUUUGGAAAGUGAAAAGUUGACUGUGGCUGAAGCAUCUCGAGACAUCAACUUAGUUGGAGCUGAAAACAACAACAAGGCAUCUCGUAACGAUCCAGAAUGUGAUUCUAAAGAGUUAGAAAGUUCAGAAGACAAAAAACAAGAGACCGAAAAGGUUGUUGAUCAGUGCUCAGCUGAAACCACCAAAGACAGUGGUGAUACAAAAGUAGAAGAAGAGGCUCGGAAGACAGAUGUUCCCAGUAAGAAAUCUUCUAAAAGCCAGGGGAACAACAUAAUAUCAAAGGUGAAGAAAUCAAUUGUCAAGGUAAAGAAGGCAAUCAUAGGGAAGUCACCAAGUUCGAAGGCCAUGACACCUGAAGGAGAUGACGAGAUGAAAGCAAAGUAGAGUCGAUGGAGAGUGCACAAAGAUGGAAUCAUGGAUUUGAGUGUCAUACUAUCAUGUCUUCUUUUUUUGGCUGUUUUCUUUAUGCAUAUAAGUUGUCUAAGGAUGUUCUGCAAUCUGCCCAUGCAAAUGUGCCUGCUAAAUGUUGCGAGAAGCUAGUAUUCAUGCAUAUGGAAGAUAAGAUGGUGGAGAAACUUCUGCUAGGGGAAUUCAUCGAGUUUCUGAUGUGCAGCCGUGAAGAUUAGAUGGAUCAUCCCCUAUUUUGUUCUUGGUGAUCUUCAUUGGCAUCCUUGUCGUGCUGUGUCAUAGUCUUGGAAGUGUUCAUAUAAUUGUCAAGACAUUCGUUUGGUCUGUCAUGUGCAUAGUUACAUUAUGUAUCAUAGUGUUGUGAUGUUCAUUGCUGGUUGGUUUGUAAGUUGGUACUAUAUAAUAAUAUUAUUCUUUAUUAGCAGUA